AUGACAACCAUUAACGCGCAUGUACACAUGGAGCCCGACGACAAUCCAGUGGAAAUUGAACCAUCUGACGUUCAAGACAACAGUUCUUCAACGGAUAGUCUAAGAGACUCCAUUUUUGACUUUCGCCGGGAAAAUGGACGAACAUACCAUAAAUACAAGGAGGGAAAGUACAAUCUGCCCAACGAUACAGAAGAACUCCAACGAUUGGACCUGCAACACAAUUUGAUGCUUUUGACCCUCGACAACAAGCUUGGUCUGAGCCCCCCAUGCCGCCCCGACUCGCAGGUUAAGCGAGUUCUUGAUGUCGGAACGGGCACAGGCAUUUGGGCCACUGACUUUGGCGAUGAGCACCCAGAGGCUAAGGCAAGACAAAAUGUUAUUGGCGUUGACUUGUCGCCCGUCCAGUCAAGCUUUGUGCCUGCAAAUGUCCAAUUCGAGCUUGACGAUAUUGAUGAAGAUUGGACUUACAGUGAGCCAUUCGACUUUAUCCACAGCAGAUUCAUGAACUUUAGUGUACAGAACUGGAAGUCGUACCUCACGAAGAUCUACGAAAACCUCACCCCAGGAGGCUACGUUGAACUUCAAGAUGUAGAUGUCAUAAUGGGCAGCGACGACGGAACCCUUAAACCAGACACAACAAUGUAUAAAUGGUGCCAACUCCUCGACGAAGCCGCCGGGACAUUCAACCGAUCAUUCGAAAGAACGACCAACUUCAAGACCCUCCUGCAAGAAGUUGGUUUCGUCGAAGUAGUAGAGACACGCUACAAGUGGCCUACCAAUGGCUGGCCCAGGGAUAAGAAGUACAAGGAACUUGGUCACUGGAAUAACGCCAACGCGAGUUUGGCGCUGGAAGCGUUGACUAUGGCGCCUUUUACUAGGGGUCUUGGAUGGAGUCGUGAGGAGGUGGAGUCGUUCUUGAUUGCUUUGAAGAGUGAUUGGAAUAACCCCAAGAUUCAUGCUUAUUGGCCGAUUUGUGUGACUUAUGCUAAGAAGCCUGAGGCAUGA